AUGAAACGGCGCGCCUUCCUAAGGGCCGUGCACCGCAUGGAGAGGCGAUUUUUCUUCAACAGCGUCCCCAAGGAGAAACUAAACAAAAUUGUGAGCGAUUAUUUUUACGUGGAGAAAAAAAUACACAAAGUGAUUGACCCGCGGGGGGGGGAGGCACCUGGAGAAGCGAAUGGGAAAGCGGCUCCACUGAAUAGUCAGGAGAACAAACCGAACGAAAUCGAAGGUCUGGACUACAUAAAGUCGAGACAAACACAAGCAGAGCAAUUAACGAUGCCAUUUAGUGAUGACUUCUUCAACUACAUAAAUAGCAGCAAAUGUUUUAUCCACCUGUGCGCCUUCUACAUUCAUAAUGAUGAAAAAAAAAAAUUCCUCCAGUUAAUAAAAAAAGCUAUAAAGUACUCCUUUGGCUAUGAGGAUCUCUUUAUCCUUUUUUACCUAAUGUGUCGAGUCAAUUACAGAGACAGUUACGUCCUUCGGAAGGUCUUAAGCGUCCUUGAAAUGUACUACUUCAAAAUUGAGAAUGACUUUUCCUAUGAUCUGUCGAAGGUACUCUUCGCCCCGCACACCAAUUUACACUCCGCCAUAAAUCACCUUCCUCUGAUUUAUAAAGUCAAGUUGGUUAAUAUGGACAGGGGUUCCCCCGAUGGAAACCUCUCCAUGGCGGAUAAUGCCACAGGAAGUGAUACAACCCAACAGGGCGAUAAGGAGAAAAAAAGCUCCUCCGUUAAGGAAGAUCCUCAGGGGAAGCAGCCCAUGGUACAACAUAUAAAUGAUGCAGAGGCAGAGAACGUCCUCGAAAAUUUGCAAGAUGUGGACAUGGAGCAAUACGAAAAGGAGGUCUCCAAAGAUAGCGUACCGUUUAUUAACAUAAACGUGAAGAGGGAGAAGCGGAAAAUAAAAGUCAGGGAGGGGAAGCAUCAGGGACUCAAAUUAAAAGGCACGCUGUUAACUCAGAUAAAAAACGAGGUGGGCAAAAUGCUGGGAGAAUGCGUCAACGUGGUGGAAGCAGACGAAGCCAUCGGAACAACCGAAGCGAUCGAAGAAACCAAAUCAUUCGUCGCCAAGGGAACGGAGGACGAGCGAAACAUGUUCCAAAUGAAGGAAGUACUAACCAUUUUUAUCCAUGACAAAGAGCUGGGGCGCAAAAAUUCCUAUGUGCAGGACUUGAUUGGCGACGUCGUGAAGUACUUCAUCGCCCAAGAGAGGACCCCCCUUCUCCGCAGGAACAUGCUAACUCUGCUCGCUUUCAUGGACGCACAGAACUACUACACGGAUAAGAAGUUAAACCGAGCAGUUGAGCGCGCCCUGGGGGGGUGCAUCGCAAGUAUGAACGAGUGGUCUGAGCAGGGCAUAUACGACUUUAUAAAUUGUGUGACGAAGGAGGAGGGGCCAGGCAGAGGCCUCUUCCAUAGUGGGGUGCACCUUCCUCCCCACGACGCGCUUGCCUUUCUAUACGACCAGCAGUACACAUACAACUUUUCCCUGUACGAGGAAGACGCACCAUAUCGAAAUAAGUACCACCACGCAACAAACAAAUUGCUGAAGAACUUUUUCUUCCUCCUCAGCUACAUGCUAAGAAUGCCAUUUCUGAAAUUUCACAUUUUGAAGUCCUAUUUAAAUUCGUUUAACUUCUUUUUGGACAUAUUUAUCAAAAACGAAAACGUGUGUAGCUCCCUCGACAUUGCAGAGAUUUCUUUCCUUUGCGAAAGUUUCCUUCGACGCAAAAUUGUAGACUUAAGCAUAACCCACAAAAUUCUGCAUCUCGUGCGGCAGGCGGUUGGAAAAUGUGUGAAGUUCGACCUCGCUCGACAAAAUGACGCACACAUGAUGGAGGAUGCUCAUGUUGGGGGGAUAGCUACCUGCCCGAUUUACCUCAAUGACAUUCUGUCCAUUCUGCACUUCCUCCACUUUUACAACCUCACAACGGAGCAGCUGCACUCACAACUGCUCGUAAUCUGCCUGGGCAAUUUUCUCUACCUAAAUGACACGCAGAAAUUCAUACUCUUUAACUGCGUAGAGGCCCUGCGAAGGAGGGUCCCUAAUCAGAUCCGGACCCACGUACUGAACUACUUUAUGUAUGAAAAGAAUUUGGACAUAUUUUUGGCUCGCAAUAAAAAUGUCCAGAGGGAGUCAUUAGGCUUGCUGUUCGUUAAUUAG